UCUGUCCGACAGCAAUGAAACGCACAUUGUGUUAAUGACGUCACCGUGUAUCCCAGAAGCCUCGUCACCAGGAAGUGGUAUGCCGGAGAGGUCUUGGUUUUUAUUUUGACAAUGAUGGAGGAAGAAGAAUUUGUGUUUGCGGAGGAUUUGGAGGCUAUUUUACAUCUAACCCCAGAGGUGCAAUUAGCAAUUGAACAGGUUUUCCCCAGCCAAGACCCACUGGACAGAGCAGAUUUCAAUGCUGUGGAAUACAUCAACACAUUGUUCCCCACCGAACAGUCUUUGGCUAAUAUUGAUGAUGUCGUAAACAAGAUUCGUCUGAAAAUUCGCCGUCUGGACGACAACAUCAGGACGGUGGUGAGAGGCCAGACCAAUGUGGGCCAGGAUGGCAGACAGGCAUUGGAGGAGGCCCAGAUAGCCAUCCAGCAGCUCUUUGGUAAAAUCAAAGACAUCAAGGACAAGGCAGAGAAGUCUGAACAAAUGGUAAAGGAGAUUACAAGGGACAUAAAGCAGUUGGACCAUGCCAAGCGCCACCUCACUACUUCCAUCACCACCCUCAACCACCUGCAUAUGUUGGCAGGGGGUGUGGAUUCUUUAGAAGCCAUGACCAGAAAGAGGCAGUAUGGUGAGGUGGCCAAUUUGCUGCAGGGAGUGGUCAAUGUGCUUGAACAUUUCCAUAAAUACAUGGGUAUACCCCAGAUCAGACAGCUUUCUGAGAGAGUAAAAGCAGCACAGAGUGAGCUGGGGACUCAGAUUCUGGCAGAUUUUGAAGAAGCCUUCCCCUCUCAGGGCUUUAAGAGACCGGGUGGUCCCAGUAAUGUGCUGAGAGAUGCCUGUCUGGUAGCCAAUGUGCUGGACCCACGCAUCAAACAGGAGAUCAUAAAGAAGUUCAUCAGGCAGCACCUCUCUGAGUACCUGGUGCUUUUCCAGGAAAACCAAGAUGUUGCAUGGCUGGACAAGAUUGAUCGCCGCUACGCCUGGAUUAAGCGGCAACUGGUCGACUAUGAGGAGAAAUAUGGACGAAUGUUUCCGGAAGAGUGGUGCAUGACAGAACGUAUUGCUGUAGAGUUCUGCCACAUCACCAAGGUGGAGCUAGCCAAAGUGAUGCGAACCCGGGCUAAGGAGAUUGAGGUGAAGCUGCUUCUGUUUGCCAUUCAGAGGACCACAAACUUUGAGAGUUUACUGGCCAAACGCUUCACAGGCUGCACCUUGACCGACGUACCAGGAAAAAAGAGGCCAGAGAGCCCUCUAGACCCAACUAACCCCUUCCUGGAGGAUGAGCCAGGUGAGGAUGUGGGCACAGACAAAGAAGACAAUUUGGCCAAGCCCAGGAAGCCGAAAGCUCCGGACAACCCUUUCCAUGGCAUUGUCUCCAAGUGCUUUGAGCCUCAUCUAUAUGUUUACAUAGAAUCCCAAGACAAAAACCUGGGUGAACUUAUCGACCGGUUUGUAGCUGACUUCCGAGCACAAGGCCCACCCAAGGCGGGCACGGAAGAAGGUGGAGCAGUACUGCCCAGCUGUGCUGAUCUCUUUGUCUAUUACAAGAAGUGCAUGGUGCAGUGCUCCCAUCUGAGCACUGGAGAGCCAAUGAUUGCCCUCACAACUAUCUUCCAAAAGUUCCUGAGAGAGUACGCUUGGAAGAUCCUGUCUGGCAACCUGCCCAAGUCCAACAAUAACAGUGGGGGUCUUACCAUCAGCAGUCUGCUGAAGGAGAAAGAAGGCUCAGAAGCUGCUAAGUUCACCGUAGACGAGCUCUGUCUGAUCUGUAGCAUCCUUAGCACUGCAGAAUACUGCUUGGCUACCACACAACAGUUGGAGGAGAAGCUAAAGGAGAAAGUAGAUAAAGUCUUAGUGGAGAGAAUAAAUUUGACAGGGGAGAUGGAUACAUUCAGCACUGUAAUUUCAAACAGUAUCCAGCUACUUGUUCAAGAUCUUGAUGCUGCCUGUGACCCUGCUCUCACUGCUAUGAGCAAGAUGCCGUGGCAGAGUGUGGAGCACGUGGGUGACCAGAGUCCUUAUGUGACAUCGAUCAUCAUGCACAUUAAACAAAAUGUACCGAUCAUCAGAGACAAUCUGGCCUCCACACGCAAAUACUUCACACAAUUCUGCAUCAAGUUUACAAAUUCUUUUAUUCCCAAAUUCAUCAACCACCUGUUCAGAUGUAAACCUAUCAGCAUGGUGGGAGCUGAACAACUCCUCCUUGACACCCACUCCCUGAAGACGGUGUUGCUGGAUCUGCCCUCCAUAGGCUCCCAGGUGCUCCGCAAGGCACCUGCCAGCUACACCAAGAUAGUGGUGAAAGGCAUGACUCGUGCAGAGAUGAUACUUAAGGUGGUGAUGGCCCCACAUGAACCACCGGUGGUGUUUGUUGAUAACUACAUCAAACUCCUGGCUGAUGGCAAUCCCGAGACCUUCCAGAAGAUUCUUGAUAUGAAGGGCCUGAAGCGCAGUGAACAGAGCAGCAUGCUGGAACUCUUUAGGCAGAGGCUACCCACCCCACCCUCCGGGGCUGAUGGUGGUCCCUCUCUGUCGUUCAGUACCCCCACCCCUGAGCAGGAGUCCUCCCGCAUCCGCAAACUAGAGAAACUCAUCAAAAAGAGGCUGUGAACACACCUGCUCUGAAAUCACAUCGUGAAAAUGAAAAAGGCUACAGGAAGAGAACAUCCCCACCUCACGUGCAGUUAUUCAUCUCAGAGAUGUCAUUGUGCUCCAUUUAGUUCUGGAGAUUCACAGAAAGAGCAAAAAGUUGACUGGCAGUAAUUAUGAAGAAACUUCCUCAACUGCUUCUUGCUCUGUGUCACUUCUGUAAUUUCCCUCAUCUCCUUUCAUGACACUAAUGUCUGAACUUUGUAACAUGAGUACAUUGUUGCACAGUGUAUUUGCACUCAGAAGACGGAUUGUAAUACUGUUAACUAAAUUCUGCUCUUGGAUCCUCUGGCUGCCUCUCUGGGACAUGUCUGAUCCAGAAUGAUUACAGACAACCAGAUCUUAAUUAAAGCUGAUGUUUUCUGAAUGUGAAGGAUAACCGGGGCUUUCCUCAGCUAUUUUUAAUAUAAAGUGGGUGAUACCAGGUUGACGUUUAUGUGCAUCGCUGCUAUCCAUUAAAGUGGAUAUGCAUCAAUACAGUAGGUGUUGGGAUUGUUAGGGUGAGCCAAAAUGAAAAGUUGACAAGUGUUCCCAAAUCUGGGACAAAAAGAUCCCUGGAUUUCAAGCAUCUUCAGUCAGACGUGAGUCCGUCUUUGUAUUGGCAUUUAAAAUCCCUCUUGGUAAACUUGUAAAUUAGGACCAGCUGACUGAAAUCCUUUAACUUGGCCUUUGUGGAGAAGAGGGGGGAUAACAGGGUAUUUACUGUAUAUGUACACUCGCUCUAUUCCAAUAUUCUAUAAUACCUUGCGCCCAGACAGGUUCGGGUGUAGAGAGUAUAGCUGGUAUUUAUGAUGAAAAAGGCAACACUACAUCUUGUCGGGCGUAAAAUUAAAUAUAGGGGAAAUUCCUGUAUUGCUCCAGGCUGUACAAGUGAAUCUGGGAAAGAUAAUGCUCCGAAUAUUAAAAGGUCGUAUUACACUUUCCUGCUAAAUGAUCCAAAACGCCUCAAACUUUUGGAUGAAGGCAGCCCCCCGAGCAGCCUGGCAUCCCCCCAAACGAUCUAGCACAAUUUGUUCCAACUGUUUUAAAUGAGAUAACGUAUGUUUCUGAUAAGAAUGCAUAUGUACAGAAAUAAUGCUACAUUUCAAAUGUUGAGAUAAGUUAUGAUCUGUUAAAUAUAUACAAAUUGGUCGAGUGUACAGCACGGAAAUCUGGGCUCUAUGUUUAAAAUAACAGUGAUGCCUUUGUUCUGUUACAGUCCUAUUAAUGCAGUGGAAAACAUUUAAUUUCAACAGAAAACAAACGUAGGUCAGUUGUGCUUUUCUGCAGACUAAUAUUUAUGAGCAAGGAAGUUACACAGGUAAGCUAACUAGAGUUGUGCUCUUGUUCUCAGGCAUCACAGGUAUAUUUAAAAACUGAAUCUCUAUGUUAUGUACCAAGGUUCCCACUGACCAAAGAGCUCACUUGCAUUAUGAGUAACCUUUGAAUGCCGUAAAUACCACUGUCUUGUAUCAUAUCCAAGCCUGACAUCCUCACUUGAGCUCCAGCUGGAGCCUGUGAAGUGGGCCCGUUUGGUCCAUCUUAUAUUUUUAACAUGCUCAUUUGUAUUGACGUACAAACAGUUUUGGGACUGAGUGUGUGUCCGUUCAUCCAGCUGCACUGUACUUGUAGUGCAAUUUGGUAAGUUCUCUUAUAGUUUGCAAAGCAUCUUUUACCAUAAAAAUACACUUGGACAGAGCCAGAUGGUUUUUGCCUCACUACCUAAUCAGCUGCUCCCUCACUUGUCCUCGGUCAUGUCAAAUACUGUACAUCAGUCUCUGCCUGGUUGUGGUGGCUGAUUCUGGUACCAGGGCUUCACUGGUUCACAGAGGUCCUUGUACUGUAGGUCAAAAACAUGUAACUGCAUUAGUGACUGCCUUCAGGUUCAUAACGUUGCUUAUUUGUAUUGUCCUUAUAAAUCGUCAGUUGUCGAACACUAUUAAAAUCUUGCCAAAGA